GGGUCUCCACUCGCCUUUAAGAGCCGCGCGAGCCCGUGGACGCCCACUUCUCAUGUGAACGCAUCAGCGUGCGUAAAAGGCUGCGCGUAAAAUCCAGCGGACGCAUAAGUAAAAAAAAAAGACAAAGUCUGAAACUUUACAUCCUUUUUCCUCCUGUGUUGUUGUGUUUCCUGCUCCAGGUUGAUUUUGAUCAUCUUUAUUGAGGUGAAACACCAGGAGGAGACGCUAAAGGAUUAAACCACCGAAUUUUCUGCCCGAUUUUUUUCGCUUGCUUCUCUCACGGCCGCCAGCAUGAUGUCCUAUCUGAAGCAGCCGCCGUACACGGUGAACGGACUGAGUUUAUCUACCUCAGGAGUGGAUCUGGUGCAUCCUUCAAUGGGAUACCAAGGAACCCCUCGCAAGCAGAGGAGAGAGAGAACCACAUUCACUCGGGCUCAGCUCGACGUGCUGGAGAAUCUGUUCGGCAAGACUCGGUACCCUGACAUCUUCAUGAGAGAGGAGGUGGCCUUAAAGAUCAAUCUGCCCGAGUCCAGAGUGCAGGUUUGGUUCAAAAACCGGCGGGCCAAGCAUCGCCAGCAGGCCCAGCAGACUCAGAGUGGAGCGCAGAGCAAACCUGUGAACAGGCCGGUGAAAAAGAAAUGCUCUCCGCUCAGAGAAGCCAGCUCAGAGAGCGGAGCCAGCGGCCAGUUCACGCCGCCCUCGAGCACCUCACUCCCGGCCGUGAGCAGCAGCGCAGCGCCGGUGUCCAUUUGGAGUCCGGCCUCCAUCUCCCCGCUCUCUGACCCCCUCUCUUCCAUCUCCUCCACUUCCUCCUCCUCCUCCUGCAUGCAGCGCUCUUACCCCUUGACCUACACCCAGGCGUCCGGCUACAGCCAAGGCUACACGGGCUCCUCUUCCUACUUUACCGGGAUGGACUGCGGCUCAUACCUCUCGCCUAUGCACCACCAGCUCUCCGCCGCGGGCGCCGCCAUGAGCCCCAUGGGCAGCAGCGGGGUGUCCAGCCACCUGAGCCCGGCGUCCUCGCUCUCCUCAUCGGCGUACGGAGCAGCAGGGCUCGGCUUCAGCGGCGCCGCAGACUGUCUGGACUAUAAAGACCAAACAGCCUCUUCAUGGAAGUUCAAUUUCAACACAGACUGUUUGGAUUACAAAGACCAGGCGGCUUGGAAAUUUCAAGUGUUGUGAGAGGGGGCGAACAAAUACAUAAAGGAACAUUUCCACAAACUGCACACAUGCGAGGGGGAAGCCAGCAAGUGUGGCGUUUGUCGUCGUUCCCCCGCGUCACAGGCCCUCACUUCUACCUCGGGCUGACAGCCGGUUGUCUCACUCGUUGGGUGAAUUACUUAUUGAACAUUCAGAGUGAAUUCUCCCCAACUUUGAUCAAGGACAUGGAACAAAUGUGUUCACCAAAACAAAGGAGGAAAAAAAGGAGCAAGAGAGCGAAAGAUCCAAGUGGGCUGAGUUUGUGAGGAAUAGGUCAGGUUUCUUCUAUAAGCUCCUUAAAGGCUCCCCUCUCUUGUCUUUUUAAGUUUUUGUUGGCACAUGAUGAUGGGCCUCUGUGAUCAAAGGGUGUGUGUGUGUGUGUGAGAGAGAGAGAGAGAAAGAAAGAGAGAGAGCUCUGACAUGAACCUGGAUGCACUAUUUAAUUUAUGAGAACUAUGUUUAAGACUAGUUAUAAGAGACAAUCAGUCCGUUUGCGUGUGCUCAUAAACGUCUCCGUGUGUGUUAUGAAUUGUUCAUUUCCCCCUUGUGUUAGUAUUUUGAUUUCUAAAUAAAUUGUGAUUAUUUGUACUACACCUGUAUGCAACCUUGCUGUUCGCAUACACAGAUCCAGCUGUGAAUUUGAUCUCCCGUCAUUUUUAUCUCCAUAUGUUAGUCUAAAUGAUAAAUUAUUAUGAUGAGAACGUGUUAUAGUUGAGUGGAAUAGGACGUGCAGGGUAAAUGAAGCCAACAGCUGCAGGUAUACAUGGGUCCAUGUGAGCUGUACAAUGCAGUGAAAAGGCCACAGACACAGUAAAUAACAAUAAAGACCACAUGACCUUAUCCAA